UUUUGUUAGCCGCAGAGCAGCAGCUCUGAGAGGAGACUCGCCCUGACGCGCUAUAACCGCUUUAUAACGCUUUAGUUCUCUCACACGCUCCUCAAGCGCCUUUAUUCAUGGAGCUGAAGAUCAGCUGAGGGUUUUAUAUCGCCGCGUUUGGACGGAAAGAGCGCGGAGGCCGAGAGCUGUGUGUGUGUGUGUAGGGGACAGAGGGCUGUGUGUGUGUGUGUGUGUAGGGGACAGAGGGCUGUGUGUGUGUGUGUGUAGGGGACAGAGGGCUGUGUGUGUGUGUGUGUGUGUGUAGGGGACAGAGGGCUGUGUGUGUGUGUGUGUGUGUGUGUGUAGGGGACAGAGGGCUGUGUGUGUGUGUGUAGGGGACAGAGGGCUGUGUGUGUGUGUGUGUAGGGGACAGAGGGCUGUGUGUGUGUGUGUGUGUGUAGGGGACAGAGGGCUGUGUGUGUGUGUGUGUAGGGGACAGAGGGCUGUGUGUGUGUGUGUGUGUGUGUAGGGGACAGAGGGCUGUGUGUGUGUGUGUGUGUGUAGGGGACAGAGGGCUGUGUGUGUGUGUGUAGGGGACAGAGGGCUGUGUGUGUGUGUGUGUAGGGGACAGAGGGCUGUGUGUGUGUGUGUGUGUGUGUAGGGGACAGAGGGCUGUGUGUGUGUGUGUGUGUGUGUGUAGGGGACAGAGGGCUGUGUGUGUGUGUGUGUGUGUGUAGGGGACAGAGGGCUGUGUGUGUGUGUGUAGGGGACAGAGGGCUGUGUGUGUGUGUGUAGGGGACAGAGGGCUGUGUGUGUGUGUGUGUAGGGGACAGAGGGCUGUGUGUGUGUAGGGGACAGAGGGCUGUGUGUGUGUGUGUGUGUGUGUGUAGGGGACAGAGGGCUGUGUGUGUGUGUGUGUAGGGGACAGAGGGCUGUGUGUGUGUGUGUGUGUGUGUGUGUGUGUGUGUGUGUGUGUGUGUGUGUGUGUGUAGGGGACAGAGGGCUGUGUGUGUGUGUGUAGGGGACAGAGGGCUGUGUGUGUGUAGGGGACAGGGGGCUGUGUGUGUGUGUAGGGGACAGGGGGCUGUGUGUGUGUGUAGGGGACAGAGGGCUGUGUGUGUGUGUAGGGGACAGAGGGCUGUGUGUGUGUGUGUAGGGGACAGAGGGCUGUGUGUGUGUGUGUGUAGGGGACAGAGGGCUGUGUGUGUGUGUGUGUGUAGGGGACAGAGGGCUGUGUGUGUGUAGGGGACAGAGGGCUGUGUGUGUGUAGGGGACAGGGGGCUGUGUGUGUGUGUAGGGGACAGAGGGCUGUGUGUGUGUGUGUAGGGGACAGAGGGCUGUGUGUGUGUGUGUGUAGGGGACAGAGGGCUGUGUGUGUGUGUAGGGGACAGAGGGCUGUGUGUGUGUGUAGGGGACAGAGGGCUGUGUGUGUGUGUAGGGGACAGAGGGCUGUGUGUGUGUGUGUAGGGGACAGAGGGCUGUGUGUGUGUGUGUAGGGGACAGAGGGCUGUGUGUGUGUGUGUAGGGGACAGAGGGCUGUGUGUGUGUGUAGGGGACAGAGGGCUGUGUGUGUGUGUGUAGGGGACAGAGGGCUGUGUGUGUAGGGGACAGAGGGCUGUGUGUGUGUGUGUAGGGGACAGAGGGCUGUGUGUGUGUGUGUAGGGGACAGAGGGCUGUGUGUGUGUAGGGGACAGAGGGCUGUGUGUGUGUGUAGGGGACAGAGGGCUGUGUGUGUAGGGGACAGAGGGCUGUGUGUGUGUGUGUGUGUGUGUGUGUGUGUGUGUGUGUGUGUGUGUGUGUGUGUGUAGGGGACAGAGGGCUGUGUGUGUGUGUGUGUAGGGGACAGAGGGCUGUGUGUGUGUGUAGGGGACAGAGGGCUGUGUGUGUGUGUAGGGGACAGAGGGCUGUGUGUGUGUGUAGGGGACAGAGGGCUGUGUGUGUGUGUAGGGGACAGAGGGCUGUGUGUGUGUAGGGGACAGAGGGCUGUGUGUGUGUGUAGGGGACAGAGGGCUGUGUGUGUAGGGGACAGACGGCUGUGUGUGUGUGUAGGGGACAGAGGGCUGUGUGUGUGUGUAGGGGACAGAGGGCUGUGUGUGUGUGUAGGGGACAGAGGGCUGUGUGUGUAGGGGACAGAGGGCUGUGUGUGUGUGUAGGGGACAGAGGGCUGUGUGUGUAGGGGACAGACGGCUGUGUGUGUGUGUGUGUAGGGGACAGACGGCUGAACUCCGCCCUGAGCCUUCAGCAUGGCACACCUGAGGGCCAUCAACCAGAAUGCUCGCCUGGACCCAGAGGAGUACUUCACGAAGCAGGAGCGAAUUGGGAAGGGUUCAUUCGGCGAAGUCUACAAAGGCAUCAACAACCGCACUAAAGAGGUGGUGGCCAUCAAGAUCAUUGACCUGGAGGAGGCUGAGGACGAGAUCGAGGACAUCCAGCAGGAGAUCACCGUCCUCAGCCAGUGUGACAGCCCCUUCGUUACCAAGUACUACGGCUCCUACCUCAAGGGAACUAAACUGUGGAUCAUUAUGGAGUAUUUGGGAGGAGGAUCUGCUUUAGAUCUUCUCCGCCCUGGGCCGUUGGAGGAGACGUACAUCGCCACUAUACUGAGGGAAAUUCUGAAGGGUCUGGAGUAUUUACACUCGGAGAGGAAGAUUCACCGCGAUAUUAAAGCUGCCAACGUGCUGCUGUCUGAGCAGGGGGACGUGAAGCUGGCGGAUUUCGGCGUGGCUGGUCAGCUCACAGACACACAAAUUAAGAGGAACACGUUUGUCGGAACUCCGUUCUGGAUGGCCCCGGAGGUCAUCAAACAGUCCGCAUACGACUUCAAGGCUGAUAUCUGGUCGCUGGGCAUCACAGCCAUUGAGUUGGCGAAAGGAGAGCCGCCGAAUUCGGACCUGCACCCCAUGCGUGUGCUCUUCCUCAUCCCUAAAAACACGCCCCCUACGCUGGAGGGCUCCUACAGCAAACCUUUCAAAGAGUUUGUGGAGGCGUGUCUCAAUAAAGACCCGCGAUUCAGACCCACUGCUAAAGAGCUGCUGAAGCACAAGUUCAUCACACGCUACACCAAGAAGACGUCGUACCUGACGGAGCUGAUCGACCGCUACCGCCGCUGGAAAUCGGAGGGCCACGGAGAGGAGUCCAGCUCUGACGACUCCGACAUGGACGGAGACGGUGACGAGAGGGAUCAGUGUCCUAUGUGGACAUUCCCCACAGUGCGUUCCAAUAAACUGCAGAAAAGCUACGCAAACACAGACUCUGAGGCGGCGGAGACGGUGAAGAGGCAGCCGAGGUCUCAGUGUCUGUCUGCACUCGUCUCGCCGGUCUUCAGAGAGUUGAAGGAGAAGCGAAGGGCGAGUGGUGGAGGAAUUGGGGCCAUAGAGGAGCUGGAGAACGCCUUUAACCUGGCCGAGGAGUCGUGUCCCGGCAUCUCGGACCUGCUCGUCACACACGUCAUGGAGAGAGUGUGUCGGUUUGCACUGAACAGCAACGGAAACACGACCCCGUCGUCACGGUGAAGCCCCUCCCAACCUGUUGACGACCCCCUGGUGCACCCUGUGUCCUGUGUUCUCUCCACCGUGCAGAUGUUUUAAUGAGUUGUAAUGAAAUAUUUUUACAGGUCCUUUAUAGAGUGGAGAUAUUUAAGGGAUAAAGCCCUGCCGCUGAGCUGUGUACCCGUUACACCCUCAUAAACUCUCUCUCACACACACACACACACACACACACACACACACACACACGCGUACAUUCUGCCUCUGAUCUUUAUUCUCCACACUGCUAAACGAACUCUGUACCUGUCGAUCACAGAGACUGAGGCGUGGCCUUGACCUAACAGCAGUAAUAUAACUGUCUAGCUAUCUGAUGUUUAGCUAGUUUAAGUUUCACUAACUAUUUCUCCAACCAGCUAGUUCAUGAGGACUUGGUUAACUGCUCAAGGUUUCAGUCCAGUUUUAUUUGUAUGUUGUUUUUAACAACGGUUACUCUCACAAAGCAACUUUACAGAAAUGUACAAAUGUCUGAUAUACAUUUUAAAUUUAUGUUUAUCCUUAACGAGCAGGUGGUGAGGGGGGAGGAGCUCCCCGACGCUACGCUGAGGGAACCGAUCCGGGUUGUACGAUUAUAAAUCAUUUCUGUAACUGUACACUGUAAAAUCAAAAUUACGAAGCAGUUGUGUAACCAGGAACUGAACUGAACUGUUAUUUCUGAGCUCGUUAUACAUUUAAAGUCUGUUGGAUUAAACUGAAGUGAACUGUUCUUAACAAGGCUGUCCAAGAUAGAAGGGCUACAGCCAGCUGUAUGGGUUCUACAGGGUACCACCCACAGGAAGCUCACGAUCUUUCGACUGUCCAUGUUAGAGACGAUUUUCAGGUGAGGAGAACUUCAGGGUGAUCAGGCAGAGUCAGGAUCAGAGAGAGAGAGGGAGAAAACGCAGGUUAUGAGGUAUGCUCUAGGCCUGUACCGGUGAAGAACAGUGGAUAAUGUGUGCUGAGUGCAAGCAGGGACUCCAGUAAGACGAGAUCUUGCAGUAUAACUGAAAGGUAACACAGACAUGAGGGGUGUAAAGCAGCAGCAGACACCACACCACACCACACCACCACCCUCCAGACGGUUUCAUAAACCAGGGAACUGAUGAGCUAAUUUAAAUGUUGGGGUUUUUUCCCUCCUUUUCCUUUUUUGAGGCAGGCAGGAGGACGACGGGGUGGGUUUUACAUGAAUUUGCAUACUCAUGAUUUCUGGAACUUGUAACAAAGAUACUCAAUGUAGAGAUGAUUCAAAGCAAUUAUUAGUCGUUUCUUUGUAUUAAUAAUUAGGCAUGUAAUGAUAUUGUGUGAAAAAUCCUGAUAUAAAUUCAUGAUUCGAAAUGAUGAAAAACGUAUCACGAUUAAAAUCAAGUUGCGUAAUCUUAGUUUUCCUUAGCUGUAAUUAGCUCACCGGGCCGUCAGGCAACAAGCUAUUGCCAUCACACGGCCUCCGUCAUCCAUAAGUCACAAAAAUCACUCCUCCUCCCGGAGCUUUCAAAGAACUUUGAUUUGGAUUGUUUUGUUUUGAAGAUCUGAUUGAUUGAGCGAAUUCUAAACGAGUCUGGUUCCUCAUGGGAAGGCCGUGUGAGCUACUGCUGCUUCGCUGACGCUCUGGUUGUUCAGACAGCAGGGUCACAAACGAUAUCAGGAAUGCACGCGACUUCAUUAUAAGUGGAAGUAACAGAACUCUAAUGCUGUGAAAACGUGUAAAAUGGGAAAGCUGUUGUGAUUGUGUGCAAAUAGAGUUAACUAGAAAUCAGAGCUCUCUUUUUAUAGCCUGCUGAAAGAAAGAAAAGAGAAGCAAAUGUAGGAAAUGCAGAUAAGUUUAUUAAGAAAAGGAAGAUUUUAGUUAAGACUUUUCACUCCAACCCUUACAAAUGUGGGUAAAUUGUUGGUGAUUAAGAAAAUUAAACAAAAAGAAUGUAAGUUGACACCGAAUAGGAAAAUUCUCUUAAAUAUUGUGAUUAAAUCAAACCGUGAACAUGA